GACGGUUUCCUUACCAUAGCCUUAGUCAUGACGACGAUGAGGGGCAGUCUUCAAGAUGCGAAUGUCCGUUAGAAUUCUGGCCUUUAUUUUAAAGGCUGAUGUGUUUUCUUUGUCGUGCUGAGAAAUGAUGAUCAUCGCAAUUGGUGUAAGGUACAUCUCUAUAUAAACACUUCAAUCCUCGAACCAACUCGAUGAGGACCUUCUCCCGCACCACCAUCGCCAUCUCUGUCAUCGUCGCCAUCUGCUCAGUCGUAGCUCUCAUCUUCAGACAAGACCUACUCAGCUUGACCACCACUAGUUCUAUCAUCUCUCAAAUCCUAGCAACGACCACUACAAACAACAUCACCACCACGAACAACCACAACUACAUCCCAAUGUCGGCAGCAAACACAACCACCAAACUCCUCCCCCGCCUCAUCCGCCAAUCCUUCCUCGCCGUCGAGCAAUCCGAAGGCGCGGGCGCCCGCGUCCGCCGCUCCAUAGGCACUCCCAAACUCCGCAACUUUUCUCCCUUCCUCAUGCUGGAUCAUUUCUCCGUCUCGCCCGGCGCCGGGUUCCCAGACCACCCGCACCGCGGCCAGGAGACCAUCACGUACCUCUUGCAUGGCGCCAUGGAGCACGAAGACUUUGCCGGCAACCGCGGCCGGCUGGGGCCGGGCGAUCUGCAGUUCAUGACGGCGGGCAGGGGCAUCGUCCAUGCCGAGAUGCCUGUCGCGAACGAGGACGGAAGCCCGAACGUCGGGUUGCAAUUGUGGGUUGAUCUGCCCAAGCACUUGAAGGCGUGCGAGCCGCGGUACAGGGACUUGAAGGCGGAGGAGGUGCCUGUUGUGCAGGCGGAUGGGGGCAAGGUCAAGGUCAAGGUGAUUAGUGGGCAGAGUCAUGGGGUUGACUCGGUGAAGGAUCUGGCGUACACGCCGGUGUGGUUGCUGGAUGUGGAGGUGAAGCCGGGCGGCAAGAUUGUGCAGCCGCUGCCCGAGGGGUGGAACGCGUUUGCGUAUACGCUUCAGGGGGAAGUGGUGUUUGGGGAGGAAGGAGGUGGCGAGAGGAGGGUGAUUGGCGAGUUUCAUAACGUCGUUUUUGGGCAGGAGGGGCAGGCCGUGUAUGCGGCGGUGGAUGAGGCGGCCGAGAAGAGCGCGCGGUUCGUGCUGAUCGCCGGCACGCCGCUGGAGCAAAAGGUGGUCCAAUACGGACCGUUUGUGUUGACCAGCCAGGAGGAGGUGUACCAGGCGUUUAUGGACUACCAGACGCACUCGAAUGGUUUUGAGAGGGCCGACGGGUGGCGAAGCGAGAUUGGCAAGAGCAUGGUGCACUAAGGCAUGGCCGAGGUGUGUUUUGCAGAGUGAAUAGAGGAGGAAGUGUUCUUUCAUCGACAGCACGAGUAAAUACCACGAGGAUUAGUGUUCUGAACUGGCCCAAGUUUGUCCUUAUUUUUAA